AUGGCUCGGGUUAUUGUUCAACUUUUUGAACAAUACCAGAAAGCAAGAACUCAUUUUGUUCAAGGCGUGGCCGAAUUGGCUAAUCGGCCGGCAAAUAUAGAAUGUUUACAUACAACGGGGGUUUUAGAAUUAUUAAAGCCCCUUUUGACAGACAUGGUGCCGAGUGUUCGAUUGGGAGCAGCAGUAGCCUUAGGAAGAAUGGCUAAUGGGGAUGAAAAAGUGGCAGAGAUAAUACUUCGCAAUGAUAUUCUUUUACACAUGCUUCAAGGAUUGGAAAAUCAAAACAAGCAUUACAAAAAAGCUGCACUUUUUAUUGUAAGAUCCGUUGCCAAAUACAAGCCAGAAAUGGCAGAUAUAGUCAUUCAAGCAGGCGGUUUAGACGCUGCACUUGUCUGUUUGGAAGAUUUUGAUCAAAGUGUCAAAGAAGCUGCGGUAUGGGUGAUUGGAUAUAUAGCCAGGCAUUCUGCAUCUCAUGCGCAAGUUGUUGUAGACAUAGGAGCUGUGCCUUUACUAGUUUUGUGCAUGCAAGAACCUGAUCUUUGUUUAAAACAAGUAUCAGCCUCGGCAUUUUCGGACAUUGCUAAACACUCUGGUCGUCUCGCAACAUCAGUUGUGGACGCCGGAGCCAUACCUUAUUUAGCUAAAGCUUUACUAAAUGUAGAUGUUAAAUUGAAAAAAUUAGUUUUAAAUACUUUUGCAAAUAUAGCAAAACACUCAACGGACUUGGCAGAAUUGGUAGUUGAAGCGGAAAUAUUUCCCGAUGCUAUGAUUCAUUUGUGUCAUACGGAUGACGAAAUAAAAAAAGCAGCAGCGGUUUUAAUCAGAGAAAUAACAAAGCACACAUUAGAACUAGCUCAGCUCAUAGUAAAUACCGGAGGUAUAGCCGCCCUACUAGAAGAAAUAACCAACACUAAAAACUUAAUUCGCCUUCCCGCCAUUGUUGCAAUUGGAUACAUCUGCGCUCACAACGAUCAAUUAGCUUUAGCCGUUAUAAACGCAAAAGGAUUAUUGAUUUUAUCGGAAGUCCUUUGUACCGAAACGGAAUCUCACAUACUGGCAGCCGUAGUAUGGGCGGUGGGACAGUGUGGAAAACAUACACCGGAACAUGCCAAUGCCGUAGCCGGAUGCGGUUUGUUCUAUCGAAUACUUCAAUUGUACAAUUGUGCUAAAAGCUCCCAAGAUCUCAAACAAAAAUGUAAAUGUGCUCUCAAGCAAGUACUUCAAAAAACAUUAGACAUAACCUCUCUCGAAUUACUUUUAGAAGAUGCUCCUGGAAACAUAUUAAAAUACGUAUUAGGACAAUUCAGUAAAAUUUUACCAAACAAUCCGGGAGCCCGAAGAUCAUUCGUGGCUUCGGGUGCAUUGAAAAAAAUACAAGAAAUUCAAGCGGAACCUGGGAGCACUCUAAUGGAAUACAUAACUAUAAUAAAUUGUUGCUUUCCCGAAGAAGUUGUCCUAUAUUUUUCACCUGGCUAUCCUGAUUCCCUAUUGGAAAGAGUCGAACAAUAUCAUCCUCAAAUUCCUCCUAUCCUUGUCGGCAGUAGACAAACGUCAGAGGAAGAAAUACAGGAUAAUUUAACCGGAGAAGAAGAAGCUCAACCAUGCGUCACCAUGAUUUAA